AAUUAAGGUAGCAAACAAAUUAUUUUGAAACCAAGUCACAAGUUGUGGAAUUCCAAAACCACCUGAAAACAACCUUAACCAAAACAAAUCUAUAAAUAGGACCAAACACAAGCUACAACACUCACAAUUCAAAAAACUCAGAGCUCAAGAAAAAAACAUUCAUUAUGGCUGCAAAACCACAUUUUCAGCUCCCCAUAACCAUUUUGGUACUCUUUCUUGCUCUCGCAUUUGCUGCCCUAGCAAGUGCUUCCGAUCCCUAUUCCUCGCCCUUUGGAUUCUUGAAAAACCUCGAGGGGUGCCACAAGGGAGAGAAAGUGAAAGGAAUCAAUCAACUCAAAAACUAUCUCGAAAAAUUCGGUUAUGUUCACUACGACCACUCCAACAAUUCAAACUCAAAUAACGACGAGUUUGACGAUCUCUUGGAGGCGGCGGUGAAAACAUACCAAAAAAAUUUCCACCUUAACCCAACAGGAGUUCUCGACACCAAAACCGUGUCAACGAUGUCCAUGCCUCGGUGUGGCUGCCCCGACAUCAUAAACGGAACCAACACCAUGGAGAGAUCAUCAUCAAACCAUGGUCGCCACCUUGGAUCAUUCAAAACCGUCUCUCAUUUUCGAUUCUUCAACAAUAAUCUUAGGUGGCCCGCGGGUAAAACCCAUCUAACAUACGGAUUCGCACCCCAAACGCCGCCCCAAUUCUCGAGUAUCAUCGCCAGAGCGUAUACCAAGUGGGCAGAGCGAACUCAUUUCACGUUUUCCGAGGUGAACUUCGACAGUGCCGACAUGAAGGUGGGGUUCCAUGGUCGUACGAAUAAUCCUAGGGAUACGUUCGACGGGCGCGGCGGCACUCUCGCGCACGCGUGGGCCCCGACAGACGGACGGGCCCAUUAUGAUAUGGAUGAGAACUGGGCGGAUGAUGGGGUCAACCCCAGUGCGUUUGACCUAGAGUCUGUAGCCUUGCACGAGAUCGGUCACCAGCUGGGGUUGGCACACAGUGAGGUUGAGUUUGCAAUAAUGUGGGCAAAUAUUGGCCCAGGCCAAAGAAAGGGUUUACAUCAGGACGAUAUUAAUGGAAUCAGGACCUUAUACCGUGUUUGAUCAUCGAUCGAGCCGGAUCAAAAACGAAGAACUACGUACGUACUUAUAGUGUGUUUGAAUAAAUCAAUUUCGAUUAUAAAUUUGUGAUGUCGAAUUUCAUUUAAGAAAUUAAUUAUGAUGGGUUAUAUCCAAUGGAGACCCUCAUAUAUAUAUAUAAUUAUAUAUAUCUGUAUUUCCAUUAUGAGAAUAAAAAUUACAUGCAAUAUCCUAAUAUAUAUAUAAUAUUGAGAAUAUUUUAAGUGUACGUAGGCUCUUUUAUUUGUUUACCAUAUGCAUGCAUUGAUAUAUAUGUUGUUAUAAAAG